AUAAAUAAGAUAAAUAAAACACACAACUCCUUUAUUCUUUACACCUCACCUCUGGGGAGAAGAGAGAUGGAGAGAAGGGUAGGAGUCGCCAUUGAUUUCUCUAGAUGCAGCAAGACAGCCUUGAAAUGGGGGUUGGAAAAUCUAGUGAGGGAUGGGGAUCACCUUAUUCUCAUCAACGUUCAGCCAUCUCUUCGGUACGAGGGAGGAGAGAUGCAACUUUGGGAGGCCACUGGUUCACCUUUCAUUCCCCUCGGUGAUUUUUCGGAUCCGGCAAUUGCCAAGAAAUAUGGUGUUAAACCCGAUGCCGAAACUCUGGAUUUGCUCAAUUGUGUUGCCAGACAAAAGGAGAUUACAAUCUUAAUGAAUGUUUAUUGGGGUGACCCUCGCGAAAAAAUCUGCGAAGCUGUCGAGAAAAUCCCCUUGAGUUACCUCAUAAUUGGAAACCGAGGCCUCGGAAAAAUCAAGAGGGCUAUUAUCGGCAGCGUUAGCAGCUAUGUGGUGAACCAUGCUCUAUGUCCUGUCACGGUGGUUAAAGACCACCAUCCUUAAGCUUGUUCUUAAGGCCUCGUUUGGUUCAUCAGAUAUCUGUGUGUGUGGGAUAUCUCCGAGGAAUCGGCUUUGUUUCUUCUUGGGUAUGAAGCCGCUUUCUCAUGAGCCAGCGGGCGUUUCCCAUGUUUGCGGUGUUGCCUCGUGGGGAUUUCCGGAGAGAGAUUUCCCACGAACCGAAUGUGAGAACUCGGCUUGAUCAAUGGAAAUCUCCUUCCUGAAUAGAGAUUUCUGAUAAACCAAGCGUGCCCUUAACCACUCUCUUUUAUCUUCUGCUUAGACUGAAUUACUCUUUUAAUCUGUAUCUUGGACUUGCUUUCCUUGUUUUAUUAUCGCUUUGCUUCUUGCA